UUUCAUACUUGCAGUUUCGACAUGAACCGAAACCAUGGAAGGAUCGUUGUACGCCAACUCUUCGAAGCAUUACGCUUGCCUCUCGCUGCUUCUACGAUCUCGCUACACCGUUCCUCUACUAUCGAUUUCAGGUUAUUGAAGACGGUCAACUGAUCAACAGGGAGCCGCUCUUUCUCAGAACCCUUCUCGAAAACCCGCACCUAGGAGAUUAUGUCCGGGUUGUCUAGCUGGGAAUUUCCUCCCAAUGGCACAGUAAUCCGCUUUCUGACGAAGACCUCGAGUUUAUCUUUCGGAAAGCUCGCAUCUUGAUGCUUGACCUCGAUAAACCCUUCUGGAAUGGGCUGACCUCAAGGAAUGGCGACAGCCAAAUCUCACUUACCGCGGUGCUACUUCAUUUCUUACCUAAGCUUGAAGAACUCUACUUUGAGCUAUGGGACGACAUGUUUCCCACGAAUUUGCUUCCAAAACCAGAUGGCGCCCUGUUAGGCAAUAUUCUCACCAACCUUCAGAAGUUGAGAAUCGAGUUUACUGGCCGAUCUACGAAUAUGGUGGACGUGUGGAUUGCGCCAUGGCUUAGGCUUCCCUCGAUCACCACAUUUGAAGCAGCCUCAUUCUCUAUUGACUACGACCUUAUACUCGAUGUCUCAAACUUGACAUCGUUCGAUCUGAAUGGUGCCAUGUCUUCCUCCGCUCUAGACAAUAUCUUGGAGAGCUGCGAAAACUUAAAGUCCUUCCGGUACCAAUUUGAACCGAACAUAUAUCAAGAGGAGGACACGGCAACCCCCGACGAGGUUCUCGAGGGUCUGCGCGAGCACGCUGGUAAAAGCUUGGAAAGUCUAAAUGUACGGUACUACAGUAACAACGAGUACUCAGACAACAGUCAGUGGGAUUUGUCCGAUGCGUUGGCCUACGACUUCUCACUGUGCUGCUUUGAGAAACUGAAAUAUCUCGAGAUUGAUUCUCCGUUCAUCGUUGGAACAGACCAGCAUUUCAAGGAGUCACACGAAGGGAUAUCGUCUAAGAUAGUCCCACGACUGCUUGAAGUCCUACCACCGACCAUCGCUGAGCUACGACUACAUGCAUGUGGGAUGUACAUCCAAGAACAAAUAGGCGAAUUAGCGAGAGCAAGAACUGCCCGACCUGUAUAUCCUAAUCUAAGGUUCGUGGAGAUCAAUAGCUUCAAGCAGUUCUUCUUCACCACCUCAUUCUUCAGGGAUGCUCGAAGGAGAUUUCGAAAGACAAAUGUGCGGUUCGAAUAUGAUAAUUCGGAGGAAUACCCUUUCGAGGGGUUUUAUGAGGGAGAUUUCACCGUCGCACGCAACGCCUUUAUGUCCCAUGAGCCCACUAGGUUUUUCUUUUCGGACAGCGAUACAGACGAUUGAUACCAGUUCAAUGUACUCAGAGAAUCUUUCGUACCUUGAAGUAAGAUCACAAGCUAAGGUCUAAUACUGUACUGGGACGGUUUCCUUGCAUCUCUUUGACACCACUUGUGAGUUGUUGUACAGGUCUAGAGCACGCAGUCGAAAGUCCGAUCCGUGUACCACUGUCAGCAACCGCCUGAGGGUUCUUGGUUAGGUUUCA